UUUUGUGUCCGGGAACUGCUGUCCAAACACAACAAAAGGGAAUGUUGUUACUGCUUUCAGCUAUAAACUGAUGGUUCUUACUGUUUCUUUAGUGCAAAAGUUAACGCAUUUAAUUUUGUUUGGUAUAUAGUGUACUGGUGAGAACAAUUACUAGAAGGUUGUGUUGUUGACAGCGGUUUUGACAAGUCGAAGCUUAAAAAUCUGCCAAGAUUAGCCGCCGACGUUUGAACCAUGGAUUGCUGUGCUCAGUGGCUCGACACUGGUUGAGCAGUUUUCUUUUGGGCGCAUUAGCAGCUUUUCUACUUUGUUAUUAUGCUGUAAAUAGUAAAUCAGGAAACUCUAGUCACAGUACAGAGCAUGAUCCUAUUCUAUCUGGAAAACUUCACUCAAUGGAAGUAGAGAAUGAUAUUUUGAGGCGUCAACUUGACACAUACAAAGAAGAGCUUGCGUCACACUUACAAAGUGAACCACCCAUCAAUCUUGCUCCUGAUAUUGUUCCCCAACAAGCAAAUCAUCAUUCAUCACCCUCUGCAACUUCUGGAGGACUUUGUGGUGACAAGGAAGCAUACAUACCUAAAUGUGAAGUUGUACAUGUGGCCAUUGUAUGCGCUGGCUACAACGCUAGCAGAUCAGUGGUGACGCUGUUUAAAUCUAUAUUGUUUUAUAGAAGAAAUCCUCUUCACUUCCAUCUUUUGGCAGACUCAGUUGCUCAGAUUGUUCUUCAAAAGCUAUUUCAAACUUGGAACAUUCCUCAAGUGGAGGUCAGUUUUUAUCUUGCUGACAGUGUGGUACCUGAUGUCUCAUGGAUCCCAAAUAAGCACUAUUCAGGAGUUUAUGGUCUAAUGAAACUUACUCUACCAAAAGUCUUACCUAGCAACCUUAAACGGGUCAUUGUUCUCGAUACUGAUGUAACUUUUGCCACUGAUAUUGCUGAAUUAUGGAAAAUAUUUUCACAGCUUCGAGACAAACAGGCAAUUGGUCUUGUGGAAAACCAAAGUGAUUGGUACUUGGGAAAACUGUGGAAAAAUCAUAGACCAUGGCCAGCAUUAGGAAGAGGGUACAACACAGGCGUUAUAUUACUUGAACUUGGGAAACUUCGUAAAAUUGGUUGGGGACAACUGUGGCGUCUUGUUGCAGAAAAAGAUCUAACAACAUUACUGUCUACAAGUUUAGCAGAUCAAGAUAUAUUUAAUGCAAUAAUAAAGACACACCCAGAUCUAGUAUAUAACCUUCCCUGUCAGUGGAAUGUGCAACUUUCUGAUAAUACAAGAUCAGAGCUCUGUUACACUGAAGUUACUGACUUGAAGGUUAUUCACUGGAAUUCCCCUAAAAAACUCAAAGUAAAAAAUAAACAUGUUGAGUUUUUCCGGAACUUGUACUUAACAUUUCUGGAGUAUGAUGGAAAUUUACUUCGACGUGAAUUAUUUGGUUGCAAUUACACCAGCACACAAUCAGCUGUAAAGGAACAUCAGCUUAGUAUGCUUAAUGAGGAGGACCCAUGUUAUGAUUUACGCCGAGCUCAAGUUCGCUCCCUUCGCACGCACCUCUAUUUCCUAGAUUACCAAUAUGAACCAUCUCCAGAUGGAAUUGAUGUCACUCUUGUUACACAAUUGUCCAUGGAUAGGUUACAAAUGGUAGAGCUAUUAUGUCAACAUUGGGAAGGUCCCAUCAGCCUGACACUCUACCUAUCUGAUGCAGAAGCACAACAGUUUCUUUUGUAUGCCUUAAGUUCUCAAUUAUUAAGUAGCCGUAAGAAUAUUGGAUUUCAUAUUGUUUACAAGGAAGGAAACUUCUAUCCGGUGAACUUGUUGAGAAAUGUUGGGCUUCAACAGGUUGAUACUCCAUAUGUCUUUUUAUCAGAUGUGGAUUUCUUACCAAUGUAUGGACUUUACCCAACUCUUAAAAAAGCCAUUCAAGCACAAAACUUACAAAAUGAGGAAAAGGCUCUUGUGAUCCCAGCCUUCGAAACUCAACGAUAUCGAAUCACCUUUCCCAAAAGUAAGGCUGAACUUCUACAUAUGUUAGAUAUGGGGACAUUGUUUACAUUUCGUUAUCAUGUGUGGACAAAAGGGCAUGCACCAACAAACUUUGCAAAGUGGCGCACUGCCACAACCCCAUACAAGGUUCAGUGGGAGCCAGACUUUGAGCCUUAUAUUGUUGUUCGAGCAAGUGUUCCUCAAUAUGACACAAGGUUUGUUGGUUUUGGAUGGAAUAAGGUUUCACACAUUAUGGAACUAGAAUCACUUGGAUUUCAGUGGGUUGUGUUACCAAAUGCUUUUAUGGUACACAUGCCACAUGCCCCAAGCUUUGAUAUUGCCAAGUUUCGAGGAUCAAGUCAGUACAGAAGGUGUCUAAAAGUUUUGAAAAGUGAGUUUGUAAAGGAUCUUAAUAAAAAGUAUACUAAGCACUUCAUCAUUGAUCAGUAAUGUGCCAUCUGCUUCUAGUCAAGCUUUAUUACUGUAAAUGUAUGCCACAUCUAUAGUAUUUCAUGUCUUACUAAAUCAGUGGGUUGCAACAGCAUUAAUUACACUCAUUCUGGUCUGAAUUUUUAAACCCACUGUUUUCUUAAGAAUUCUUCAUUAAUUUUUUUAAAUUGUAUUAUAAACUUAACAUUUGCCAUGCAAGACUUAAUGCCAAAUAUGUUUUAAUCAAACAUUGUUGAUCUCCAUCUUUCGUAUUGUGUUGUUUCAUUUCCAUGUACCUUGAUUUCUCAUUUUUAUAAAACUAUUUUUUGAUUUAAGUUCAACAUAUUUUGCGCCAGUCGUGGAGAGUCGUGAGAGUGAAAUAUCAUAUAGUUAAAAAUUGCUGUUUCUUAUUACAAAUGCGGUCAUUGUAUUUGUUUCCUUGAUACUCAGUGUGUAUAAUUUAGUGCGAUCAACAUAUAUAUUGUGUUUAUCAGAAAUAAAAAGUAUUAGUUUCCUAAGGAGCCUGAA